GACCAAAACAAAAAAGAACCUACAGACAAAUGCAGUUCAUGUAAGCUAGGAGUUUCUACGAAAACUCUUGUCCUUUGGUCUUCGGUUGAUUUCACAGCGGUCUGUUUCAGCAACCGGACAAAACGUCACAUCGGAAUGUAACGCAAGGAGUGACCGUCAGUGUGGUUUGUCAGUGUUGGACUGCGACCACCAGCAGCAGGAGCAGCAGCAGCAGCAGGUCAGCACCAUGAGUCUGUACGGGUCCAGUGCCAGUGGUGGUGGUGCUGUCGGCGGUGCGAGAGAAAGAGGAGGAGCAGAACAUUACCGGGAACAACGCCGGCGCUCCAGCGACCGCUCACGUGACUCCUCCCAUGAGAGAGGAGAGAGCCAGCUGACGCCUUGCAUCAGGAAUGUUACUUCUCCCACUCGGCAGCACGACCGUGAACGCGGUGAUGGAGGCUCGUCCUCCAGAUCCUCCAGUCCACGUCCUCCCAGGGUCUCUCUUCCCUACGCCCACAUUGGAGGCACGCUGAUUGGAGGACAUAUACCUCGGCCCCUGGGUCUUCCUGGAGUUGACCACCACCCCAAGAACCUGGGCCAAGGACCGUGCGACAUGAUCUACGUGUACGACCUCAGCAGUAAAGAAGGGCACCGCAGCGGACUGAGACUGGCAGAGAGAGUGACGCUUAUUGUGGACAAUACAAGAUUUGUGGUGGAUCCUGCCAUCUUCACAGCUCAACCUAACACCAUGCUGGGCAGGAUGUUUGGUUCCGGCCGGGACAACAACUUCACAAGACCCAAUGAAAAAGGAGAAUUUGAGGUGGCUGACGGCAUCAGCUCCACUGUGUUCAGAGCCAUCUUGGAUUACUACAAGUCGGGGAUAAUCCGCUGUCCUGAUGGCGUUUCCAUUCCCGAGCUGCGGGAGGCAUGUGACUACCUCUGUAUCUCCUUCAACUACAGCACCAUCAAGUGCAGAGACCUCAGCGCCCUGAUGCACGAACUGUCUAAUGACGGGGCACGGCGUCAGUUCGAGUGUUACCUGGAGGAGAUGGUGCUGCCACUGAUGGUGGCCAGCGCUCAGAGCGGAGAGAGGGAGUGUCAUGUGGUGGUGCUGACCGACGAUGACGUGGUGGACUGGGAUGAAGAGUAUCCUCCACAGAUGGGAGAGGAGUACUCUCAGAUCAUCUACAGCACCAAAUUGUACCGCUUCUUCAAGUACAUAGAGAACAGAGACGUGGCCAAGUCUGUGCUGAAGGACAGAGGACUAAAAAAGAUCCGUCUGGGAAUAGAAGGCUACCCGACCUAUAAAGAGAAGGUGAAGCGUCGUCCUGGAGGUCGUCCAGAGGUCAUCUACAACUAUGUCCAGCGUCCCUUCAUCCGCAUGUCCUGGGAGAAGGAGGAAGGGAAGAGCCGCCACGUGGACUUCCAGUGCGUCAAGUCCAAGUCUACCACCAACCUGGCUGCGGCUGCCGCAGACAUUCCCCAGGACCAGCUGGUGGUCAUGCACCCUCCGGGUCCGCAGGUGGACGAGCUGGACACUCUGCCGCCGUUGCCACCCGCCAACGACCCCCACCAGCCGGCGCCUGGGCAGGCGCUGGAGAACAACACAAGCCCCCAGCCCCUAGCACAGGCCCAUGAGGGCCUGAACCAGCAGGCUCAGGACAGUCCGAACCCGGCCGCGCACAGCCUGGCCCACAGCAACCAGCAGCAGCAGCAGCACGGCAGCAGCCACACUCAGGCCACUUACCACUACGAGCCGGACCCUGACACACCGUCACCCUCUGCAUGAGACUGAUGGCACACACAUACACACUUUCACCCUCCUGUGUUCACACUGCCAGCAACAACGCUUUUAUUUACAUCAUUACACUGAGCUAAAUUCAGAGCUAGAAGCUGCUAAAGAGGAAUGAAGCACUCAAACACAACUAUUCUCUCAGCAUCAAAAUGAGAUUCACAUUCAGUAGUGACAUAGUGAAGCACAGAAACCUGAUUGUCCUCAUACAGCCAAUACGCAAAGUUCAACCUUUCUCAGCCUGAACUAGUGCCACUUCCUGCCACUUGUUGCUUUCAGUGUGAACACAAACUUUGUUCCUGUACCACCACCACCCCCCGCCCAAUAUCCUCCUCCUCCUCCUCCUCCUCCUCCUGAGUGGCUAAACACCACUUUGCCUUCUGUUGCACGUCUGCUGCAGCCUUUUCACACAGCGUCCGAAUGAACGAGAGCUGCUCAGCCAACCAUAGGUAAAAGCACAUCAGCAGGCCUCCUCGCCCACCUCUCUCCAUCAUGUGGUUUUAUUUAUCUGACGAAAGGAGAAUUCAGUUGCAUUCUGUAAACAUGUGAAAAGACAAGAGUACUGUAUUUCAUUAUAAAGAAGCAUGUGUGACGGCUGUGAGUGUGUGGAGUGUGUGUCGUGCUGCUUGGAUACUGUACCUCUCUGAGAAAGUGGAUUUCAGUGCCUCUUCAGAGUUGAUUUGGGGGCUGGUCGGUUGGUGAAGUUUCACUUUUUCCAGCACAUGUGAAGGUCUUGAUGAAAGAGUGAAGUGUGUUUUUGUUUUACACAACAUAGAUGAGCGUUUUUCAUAUGUUCCACUCCUUCUGUUGUUUAUAUCAGUUGAUUUUAAUCCUAGUUUGUUGAAGUCUUGUGUUUUCACUUUUUUUCCCCCCUCAGCUGCUCAGAAAACUCUGCACAGGUUCAUCACCACUGCUGUGAGCACACAGGAUGUCAGAAAAGAUGUUGAACACAAUGUUUUUCUAAUAAAGAGUAUUCACAACACCGGUGUCAAUCACUUCUUUAUUUCCAUGAUAAAGCAAGUGGAUGGUUGUUUUCAGGUUUUAGUGGU